AUGGCGCGACAAACUUUCACUCCUCGAUCGGUAGUGGUAACUGAGUCUGCGACUCUAUUUUGUGCCUCCUCAAUUCCAUUUGCUGUCCGAUGCUGUGCGCUGCUUCGUCUUAGCGCGGCUGGCUCUUUGGUACAGCCUCCAUUUCACUCCUUCCGUUCGGGACCAGUUUGGGCUAAACGCAACUCUCCUUCAACAUGCGGACCGACUGUCGGCAUGUCUUGCUGUCAGCAAAGCAUCCGUGCUCCGUGUUGGCUUUGUGUGCUACAGUUUUUUAACUCAUUCCUUCCAGACACGCCCGCCCAGAAUGCCGAUUUGUCUUGCCCGAAGGCCGUAAAUAUGCCGAAAAUACACACCCCUUCCCCUUCAGAAAAUCCAUUUCAUACUCGGGCCUCACGAGUGGAUUCAUACGCCUGUCUGUCUGUGAGCACAGGCAUCCUCCCCGAGAGACACUCGAGAUAG